AUGCCUUUGGACCUUACAAACCUCCCAGGUACUAAAAGGGCCUCUAUAUUUAUUCCAACAGAGGAUGAUCAGAGAAAUGAGGAGGACGAGGAACUUCAUCAGCAAAUGCCAGUCGGAUUUAAAAAUGAAGACUUGAAAGGAAACGUCAGUUAUCAAGGCCUACCUCAGAGAAAGUACGGCGGCCAUAUGGCUGAGAAUCAAGAUGGAAGAAAGCGUAAGAUAACUAAGCACAGGAUAAUGAAGUCAAGUAAAUCUGUUCAUUGUGGAAACUACUUCAGAAGUACAUCGCAGCUCCUUGUGGACCAAGGAACCCACACAGGGGAGAAACCUUUUGGAUGUUCAGAGUGCGGGAAGAGAUUCAGUACGAUAACCCACACGGAAGAGAAACCUUUUGAAUGCACAGAGUGUGGAAAGAAAUUCAGUCAGAGAAGCAAUAUUCAAGCCCAUCGAAGAACCCACACAGUGGAGAAACCUUUUGAAUGCUCAGAGUGUGGGAAGAGAUUCAGUCAGAGAAGCAAUCUUCAAGUCCAUCAAAGAACCCACACAGGGGAGAAACCUUUUGAAUGCUCAGAUUGUGGGAAGAGAUUCAGUACGAGUGGGUAUCUUCAGCAGCACCAAGCAAUCCACACAGGGGAGAAACCUUUUGAAUGCUCAGAGUGUGGGAAGAGAUUCAGUAGGAGUGGCUGUCUCCAACGGCAUCAAAGAACCCACACAGGGAAGAAACCUUUUGAAUGCACAAAGUGUGGAAAGAGAUUUAGUCAGAGUCGCAGUCUUGAACUGCAUCAGAGAACCCACACAGGGGAGAAACCUUUUGAAUGCUCAGAGUGUGGGAAGAGAUUCAGUUGGAGUAGCAGUCUUCAAGAGCAUCAAAGAACCCACACAGGGGAGAAACCUUUUGAAUGCAUAGAGUGUGGAAAGAGAUUCAGUCAGAGUAGUCAUCUUCGAAAGCAUCAAAGAACCCACACAGGGGAGAAACCUUUUGAAUGCUCAGAGUGUGGGACGAGAUUCAGCCGGAGAUUCACUCUCCAACAGCAUCAAAGAACCCACACAGGGGAGAAACCUUUUGAAUGCUCAGAGUGUGGGAAGAGAUUCAGUCGGAGUAGCAGU